CUGCGUGUGUUACAGACUAUCAGGGAGACCCACUUGCGGAUGGCAGCCCCCCGGGGUAACUCACGGGCCGUGGCGAGGACGAGGGGGACCAGACGUAGACAGGAGGAGGGUAGAAGUAGCCUGGAGCAGCUGUUGGAGGAGAUUAACAGAGGAAGACGGGCUGACGUCACAAGAAUCGUUCGCCUGCUGGACAGCGGUGACCUGGGGCCACCCCACGAACUCCAGGACACAAGACGAGUGCCGAUCCUAAACGUGGCUAUUAUGAAUCGAAGCAGUUUGGCUGCACGAAUCUUUCUUGACAGGGGAGCUAAUCCUAUGACUAGAGACCCGCAAGGCCACACCGCCCUCCAUGCAGCCGCCAUACAUGACAACUACCAGCUACUGGUCGACAUGAUGCAAGGAUGUGACGUCAAUGUGCAGGAUGACAGUGGCCAGACACCUUUGCACAUCGCAGCCAGAAACACCUGUGUGGAGACCUGCAGCUGGUUGGUUUUCUUAGGAGCCAAUCCUUACAUUCCGACAAGGAUUGGUCAGACUGCUAACGAGCUGACGACCUGGAACGUCAUACAUCAGAUACUACGGGAAUACUCCCCUGGUCGUCCUCCAGUCACAGUAAUGACACUCAGUCCGGGGUCUACAUUCAUGGCUGACGACCUCCACUUCUCCAUUCAGCUCCUGCCGCAAAGUAACACGAAUGAAAAAUUCAUCUUCCGCGCCUACACUGAGCUCAGCACCAACCUGACGUCACUGAGGACAGAGGACGAGGAGGUCUGGGGUCCGGUGACGGAGUACCGUGUGUUGCAGCAGCUGCGCGUGCAUCUCGUCUUCCCGCUGCGCGACAGUCUGGAGGACUUCUGUGAGCUCGUGCUGCGGAUGGUGUCAGCGGAUGGAAGUAAGAGAGACCUGACCCUGGAGGUCAGGGACCUCCGCUUGGCUCCAGCGGCGCAGGACCAAGAUUCGGGUGUUGAAGAUGAAGAAUCACCUGCGGCGGACUUGGAUGUUCCUUUUUCCGAAGGUCACGUGGACGCAGAGCUGGACUUGGCGGGAACUAUCUUGCUGGUGUACCGUCCCAUGCAACAGAAAGUAGAACUUGGUGAAGGCUGUAAUAAAAUAGAAUCCGCUGUGGGCAAUGGGGUAACACUCGGUGUGAACGAAGUCUUCAAAGGAAAAGUGAAAGGGCAACUUCAGAUCGAGCCAGUGUGCCAGUGCAAGACUCUCAAGCGCUGA